CAAUAGCGGCUGGGCUCCGCCGAGGGGGCGGGGCCGCCGGGGGGGCGCGAGGCUCCUGCGGCGGCGGUCUGAGGCGCAGCCCUCGGCUCUGACCGGCGCCGGCCCGCGGCAGCCCGCGCCGGGGUCAGCGUUGGGCAUGGGGCACAGCGAGAGCCGGCUGCCGCGGCGGCGGGGCCGUGGGGCCGGCGUCCCAGGCCGCCAGGGCUCUCGCACCGUCCCGGCGACGGGAGCCUGAGGGAAGGGCGCGAGGAAAGGGGGCGCCGGGGGGCGGCGAUGGAGGAGCCGCUGUGCUGCUGCGAGUACGUUGACCGGAAGGGGGAGAGGAACCACCUGGUGGCAUGUUUCUGCGACUGCGAGGACCUGGACGAGGGCUGCGAGAGGUGGUUGACAUGCAAAUCCCUGCCCCCAGGAACACUAGAAAGAAUUGCUGAUGCUAUUGCAGACCGAGUCCGUGUCCCUUGGUUUACAGGGGCUGUAAAGAUCAACAUCAGCCUUGUUCCACCUCUUCUUAUGUUACCUGUCUUCCUCCAUGUUGCGGCCCUGCACUUCCUGUUGGCACUUGUCAUCUUGACAUCUCUUCCUAUGGUGGUGCUGUGGUACUACUACCUCACACACAGGAGGAAGGAGCGGACUCUCUUCUUUUUAAGCCUGGGACUGUUCUCCCUGGGCUACAUGUACUGUGUGUUCCUCCAGGAGGUGGUUCCCCGAGGCCAUGUGGGGUAUUCCCAAGUGGUUGUUCUCACCUGUGGGUUAAUUCUUAUGCUCGCAGCCCUAUCUCGAGCCAAGAAAGACCCUGGCUACCUUUCCAGCCCAACAAGCAAUGACAAGUCAUCAUGCCGGGUCAUGGAUUUGCCAAGCAAGAAAGUUACAGGGAGCUGUAACGGGCUCCAUGGAGUUACUACAUCGGGAGCUACCGGUGGCCGUACUGUGAAUGGGGAGACCAAAGGCUAUUCCAGACUGUCAGCUGAGGAGCCAGAAGGGAUAAAAAAGGACUGGUGCACUAAAUGUCAGUUGGUCAGACCAGCCCGAGCAGGGCACUGCCGGCUCUGUGGCAGGUGUGUAAGAAGACUGGACCAUCACUGUGUCUGGAUUAACAGCUGCGUAGGGGAGCAGAACCACCAAGCAUUCAUCCUUGCCCUCUCCCUCUUCAUGCUCACCUCGUUGUAUGGGAUUUUGUUGACCCUGGACACAGUCUGUAGGGGCCGAACUCCAUUCGUGGCACUGUUCUACUGCCCCGGAGCCUAUUCUGAUUACAGGGCAGAACUUCAUGAGGUCCUGGAAGAAUAUAAAGAAGGAGCUGCAAAAUUUAUAGGUAUGCCGGACACAGUGUUGUACUGCUCCCUCCAAGACCCAGUUGCUCCUUGUCCCUCUGGCUACAACACUAACAAGACAGUGUCCCUGUGGGGGAAUUCAGGGCGCAUGGAAGUGACAGCUUCCAAGUUCAUGGACAUACAACGUGCCAUCAAGCCAGACUGGUUUCAGUGCAUCUCUGAUGGAGACACCAUUUCUGGGGAAGUCGGUAGGAAAAGGGCCAAGAAAUCUGUGGAUAGGUCUCUUUCCUUCCUGGAUGUAUGCCUUCAGCUGCUGGAGAAAUCACCGGAACUACAAGGAAGUGUAAUGAUUGGGGCAAUUGAAGGUGGAGAUAUCUUGGAGGAGAGGCUCAGAUCAGCCAGGGAGACUGCCAAGCGACCUGUGGGUGGCUUUCUGCUAGAUGGCUUCCAGGGAUGUGCCAUGGCCAAGGAGACCAAGUUGAAGCUGAUAGCUUCUGUCACAGCAGAGCUGCCGGAGGAUAAACCAAGAAUCAUCCAUGGUAUAGGCAAACCAGAUGAGGUGCUCGAGUGCAUUGAAAGAGGAGUGGACGUUUUUGAGAGCUUCUUUCCCUUCCAAGUGACAGAGAGAGGCUGUGCCUUAUCUUUCAGCUAUGACUACCAUCCCAAUUCUGAUGCAGCAAUUUUAAAACAAAACAGGGCCCAGGACCCAGAGAAAAACAAUGCUGAAAAAGACCAGGAUGAAAUCUUCAGAGCUGACUCAGCAAUAACACCAUUUGAGAUAUUUCUGAAGGACAAAAGAUACCAGGAUGAUUUUGGUCCCUUGCUGGAAGGAUGCUCCUGUUACUGUUGUCAGAGACAUACUCGAGCCUAUGUCCAUCACCUCCUUGUGACCAACGAGCUGUUAGCUGGUGUCCUGCUCAUGAUGCACAACUUUCAGCACUACUUCAGCUUUUUCAGUGCUAUCCGAGAUGCCCUAAGAGACAAUAAACUGGAUCAGCUGAAAAAGCUGAUCUUCAGGCAGGCACUCCAAGGCUCAGCAAAUGCAAAGCCAGGCCAGUGAGUUCAGAGAAGAUGGUGAGAAGGAGAGCCUGCCACGGGGGGAAGGUUGCAGGUUUCAUCCUUAUGCAGUGGGACUGUGUAAACUGGACUGCCAUCAGGGUCACCCAGGCCUGCUAGGCAGUUAAAGGCCUCCCACCCUGGAGGGAAAGGAAAUCUUAUUCAAGCGUCCCUUUCAAUUAAUUGGCUUGGUGCAUUCUGGGGAUGUGGAGGAGCUGAACAGCUCACAAGACCAGUAUAGAUAGCUUUAUUUUCAGUUACUCACUGGUGGGUUUUUGGGUGGAAGAACAGAAUUACCGAAUGUGGGACUGAGGAAGGAAGAAGCAGGGCAUAUAUUUGAAAUGAAUCCAGCUACCUGACAGGAAGCUCAGCAGCUGUUUGGGAUGCUCAUUCCAGCUUCAAAGGAUAUUACGGGUUUGUUUGUUUUUGUUUGUUUGUUUGUUUUUGUUUUUUUUCCCCAGAAAAUCCCAGUGGUGUGGCUCUCUCCAUCAUGCCACUCCUUAAUGAGAGAUUCUGCCUCAGUCUAACACACUUAUCCUUGUGGCCAUUGCCAGCAUCGGUGUCGCUGAAGAGAACUGAAUGCAAGUGCUGUUUUAUUCAGAGACACGUAGGACUGUAUGAGUACUUCUCUCUCAUGCCGCAUGCAGUGCAGAAUGUUCUCUGGGACAGGCAGAGGCCCUCCAGCUCGGCCUGGCCUUGCCUUAGGAAGUCCUAGCCUGUGACAUUAGAGCCAGAAAGGAGAGAAAGUUUUUGAUCCAUACUCUGCUCUAGGGUUGUGGGGUUUUUUUGUUUUGUUGUUGGUUUUUGUUUUGUUUUUUGACUCUGUACCCUUCCACCUUUAUGGACUAUGAUUUCACUCCCACACUAGUGUGUGGUUGAUAACCAAUAUACUGUUCUUUCCACCUGCCCUAGCACUGGUUUAUUGUAGCAGACCAUGCAAAUGUUUGUGAGAUGGAGCUGUGGAAAUCAUAGGAAAAGGCAUUUAGAAAAAAAUUCUUGUGCCUCCCUAUUUUAAAAUAUUGCUUAGUUAUGUCACAUUCCUUUUAUCCAGUUGUUUUAUGUCCCUUUCAUUGGAAUCAUGGAUUUAUUUAUCUUAUGUUACAAAGCAACAAUAAAAAUUUUUCUUAUUCAUUAAA